AGUGACCUCAUUAAAGAUGGCAGCCUGCAUGACUUGAAGUUUUAGUCGGUCGGCUGCGGAAAUAUCGAGAGAAAACACAGUUUUGACGGCGUAAAUAUAAUUAUCAAGAUGCCGAAUGAAAUCAUUGUCCGCCUCCAGUCACCGGAAGGCACCAAGAGGGUCAGUGUUCCCAUGGCAAUGACACUCUACAAGUUUUUCCAAAAGGUGUCUGAAGCAGUGGCAAUUCCCGUAGACCAAUUCAAAUUAUUUGCCGACCGAAACAAGACAAAGGAGUUACGACCAACCAGCAAAGCCACGCUGAACUCGUCCAAAAUCAAACAUGGAGAUAUGCUAUAUGUGACAUACCAAACAUCUAGCUAUGAUGGAGAUGCUGAUAAGCCAAGCGUGUCGACCUCCAGUGUAGUCGAGGAUGACGUGGACCAAUUUAUUGCCAAACUUGAUGGCAAGAUCUACAGAGAAAGAGAUGAUCAACUGUGUCACCAUGGAGUCAAUGCAAAGUGUGUCCACUGUGUACCUUUGGAGCCGUACGAUGAGAGGUAUCUCCAGGAGCACGAUCCACCCAUCAAACAUCUAUCCUUCCAUUCUCACAUCAGGAAACUUACUGGUGGAGUCGACAAAGGAAAGUUUGCGUUUCUUGAAAACAUCAGUCUUAAAAUCAAGCCAGGUUGUACAGAACAUGCUCCCUGGCCGGGCGGUAUCUGCACCAAAUGUCAGCCUAGUGCCACCACACUGAACAGACAGACAUAUCGACACGUAGACAACCUGAUGUUUGAGAAUCCAUUCAUGUUUAACCGGUUCCUGGACUACUGGCGUAAGACGGGGAACCAGCGUAUUGGUUUCCUGUACGGGAAAUACGAGCAUCACAAAGACGUUCCCCUAGGAAUCAAAGCCACGGUGUCAGCAAUCUAUGAACCUCCGCAGAGAUCCACAGUAAACAGUUUAGAGCUGCUACCUGAUCAUAAUGCAGAGGCCGUGGAGUUUGUGGCCAGUAAAAUGGGACUCAGAAAGGUUGGAUGGAUUUUUACAGAUUUGGUCGCGGAUGACCUGACAAAGGGAACAGUGAAACAUGUCCGCAACAUGGAUGCGCAUUUCUUGAGUGCGGAAGAAUGCAUCAUGGCGGGUGAACUCCAGAACCAAAACCCCAGCCCUUGCAAACUAGCCACGGAGGGAACGUUUGGCUCCAAGUUUGUCACGUGUAUCGUCACAGGUGAUGCAACCAACCAAAUCCACACAGAGGCCUACCAGGUCUCCAACCAGUGUAUGGCAUUGGUGCGUGAUAACUGCCUGGUACCCACUAGAGACGCACCAGAGCUGGGUUAUGUACGAGAGUCAACCAGUGAGCAGUAUGUACCGGAUGUCUUCUACACGGAGAAGGACGGUUACGGCAACAGCUCCAAGUCAUUAGCAAGACCUCUACCGGUUGAAUUCCUCCUAGUGGAUGUCACGUGCGGCUUUCCCAAGGAUCCUAUGUACACCUUCAACGACACACAGACAGUCAAGCAUUUCCCUGUGGAGAAUCGUUCAGAGCUCGGUGAGCUGCAGGAUCUAGGCCCCUUAGCCCAGUACAUGAAGCAGUUCAGCGGGGAGCAGUUCCUUGAAGCCAUGCUGGACUUGCAUUUACUCAUCUACCUGGCUACUAUGCAGAUGCUACCUAUCAGGGAUCAUAUGGGGCCACUUCUGGAUGCUCUCAGGAAUCAAGAUAGUGAGCUAGCGAGGGCGUGGUCUAAGAGUGAGCAGUGGGCGACACUAGAACACUUCAUGGCAGCUCAGGGGCCCAGUCCAACCUCGACCAUCGCUGAUGCCGUGGCCUCGGGUGGUGGGGUAUCUCAAGGAACGUGGACAUGCUCAAGAUGUACCUACAUCAAUACCAACUCACUCAAAGCCGUCUGUGAGAUGUGUGAGGGACCUAAAGAUUGAAAGCUUGGCAGUCGUUAGAAUUAAAUAGGAUCAUAAACCAUACCUGGGAGGUGUUUUCUUUUUAGCAGUUGAGUUGACUCACUAAGCAAGGAGACGUGAGCCAACUUGGGUCUUUGACCUGCAAAUUGUGAUUCUGCUUUGUCUCAACAGUGACUUAGGCCUGACUCUUCUGUGGUCAAGUCAACUUAAUAUAUAACUCCUAUCUCAGGGCCGACUCAACUUUCUGACUCAGUCUCCCAUCUUACCUGACUCACUUUGGGUUCAAGAACAGCUGACUGAACUAUUCUGACUCAGUCUCCCAUCUUACCUGACUCACUUUGGGCUCAAGAACAGCUGACUCAACUAUUCUGACUCAGUCUCCCAUCUUACCUGACUCACUUUGGGCUCAAGAACAUCUGGUUAUAUUUAGGGCUGACUCAACUAUUCUGACUCAGUUUGUAUACACAGACAUUCAAGUGUGAUUCAGCCUGUCUCAGAAGUGACUCAAUUGUGACUCAUAUCUGACUCAAUAGUGACUCAUAUGACUCAAUUUGGGCUCAAGUCCGACUCAGUUCUUUCAAGUCUGAUUCGACAUUUGGCUCAGAUCUCACUAAACUAUGACCCAUUUAUGCAAGAAAUUGACUGAAAUGCAGGUCAUGAUAAGUACAAAAUGUUGUGUAAAUCUCAAUCUCAAGCAAGUCACAUAAUUUAGAUUGUAAAAAAACAAGUCCUUAUUAAAAUAAUGGUAACCAAUUCCCAGCCUAAAUGUGAGUAAUAAGUUAGUCUCUGGUGGUUGGUUUUUGCAUGGAAAGGAAAAAAAAAAUAACGUUGGGAUGAAGUAUUCAAAUUUCACGCAUAUUUGGCACUUUCUGGUAAUUUGCAGGCCAAACAGCAGAUUACUGGAUUCGGAACUGAAACAUUUGACUUCCAGUUGAACAUAGCCAUAUGUCAGAAAUUUACCUUUUUGCGUCAAACUUGGACAAAUGAAAACGUAUCUAUGUCCUAAGUCCUACAUUAAUGUUAUAAAAGGAACAUCAAUUUUAAAAGGAACACUGAUUUAGUAAGAAUAUCCAUCCCCUUGCCUAAUGCAAUUACACUUUGUAGGAACCAGUUAUAUAUUAUUAUUUUUUUUUUAAUAUUGAAUUGUUUCCCCUUCAAGUUAAACAUUAAGAAUAACACAAAUUAUAAGUUUUAUCAAAGUUAGUUGCAUAUGAAAUAAAUAGCAUAAUUGUGACAUAUCAAAGUUCCUGACCACUCUGCUCAGUUGUUUUUCAUUGAUCCAAACUUGAAAGAAAAGGAUGUUAUUAGAUUGCUUGCAUAAUUCUGACUUGUCAAAUUUCAAAACCAAUAGCCGUUUUGUUGUUUCUAUUCUUUUGUGGCCCAUUUUGAUUGGAUACUUUGAAUAUAAUAAAUACAUCUACAAAUCAA